AUGCCUGACCUUGCUGUACUUUACGAGGACACAGGUUUCAAGUGCUAUACCUGUUCCUACGACCAUAACACCCCGGGGCCAAUGGACUGCUUGACCAGUCCGGAGGAACUUCCCAUCAACCAGCAAAUAAAAUGUGGAAACUUUUGUGUUACGCAAGAGGUCUUCAGUAAACAGGACAAGAUAAUUUUAUCGUUCUUUCGAACGUGCAGUGUUGACUGGGGCAAUGGCUGUACGGAUGACGCAUGGUUCGUGACGUGCAAAACAACGUGCAUUGGCGACUUCUGCAACGAGGGACUGACCUUUGACCCUGACACACACGAGAGGCCACAGGUCACAGAAAACUACGGACAUUGGAACAAGGCGACGCAACCUCACAGCGUCACGGGGACGAUGUUAGCAAUACUUGUGUUCCUAGCGUGUGUGACAUGACGUCAAAAUACUAUUGCAGAGUACUUGGAUAAUGAACGAAGUUUUGUAUUGAUAAUCCAAAUAAUGGACCUGCCAUUUGAUAUUCAAGCGAGGGGCACUGUGAGUUUUCAGUUAGGGCUUUAAUCAUCCCAUUUCCUUCUAAAAUACGGACAACGAAACAAUUUGGAAUCCACACUAAUCUCUUAAGAACAUUUAGCAUGUAUAGUGCAAGAUUGAUUCUUUGUAGGGAAACACGGGUCCCCCCACCCCUCAACCCGAAUAUCAAAUGGCCAUUCCCGGAAUUCAGGCCAGAAAACAAUGCUGCAACGCAAACACACAGAAAAAUCUCGAAUGCAUGUACUCAAGUACUGUUGAUUAGAAAAAUAAUUUUACAUUGACUUAACAAGUAUAUUAAUAGAUCUACUAAUUUGACAGUCUGGAAGCCACAUUAUUUUGCUCUAUCACAUGUAAGUAACAAUAAGCGUAUUAACUUUCUGGCAACCUUUGGGAAAUUGUUUACAUGUCAUGUAAUUCGAUGUUUGUGUACAUUUCGGGGAGGUUACAACAACUUCGUCAUUGAGCAAUGUGAAAUAUCGAGGAGAGACAUGAGGUAAAAGAUAUGCCUCCCAAAUUGUGCUCCCCUUCUUUGAGUUCUGUUUCUUUGGUUUGCUGAUUUUCCCGGACAGUCCAAGGUAUUCUGGCCAGGAAGUAGAACUUAAUCUUUGGGUAUAUCGAUGUUCUUGUGUCAC